AUGACGAAACCAUACUUUAACUACACUAGGUACUACCGGACGGGCGGAGAGCACAGACGUGGCGGCCGAGCCGAUGCGGAACGCUUCAGGACAGAGCCACUGCCAGAGUCGUUUUGGGAUCAGGCACAGUCUCUGAAAGCGAUUGAGUAUCGGUGCCAUUUUACUGUUCUACCUUGCGGCGGGAAUCAAUACCGAUACGGAGAAUCAGACCGUAUCUUUGGUGAACUACUUGCCGCCAAAGCUGGAGUACCUAUGUAUCCGAGGGGCACAAACGCCACCCAUGACGAACAGCUGGAUGCUCUCAAGUCGCUGUUCGAGGCGAGCUCCUCGUCGCUGAAGAGUAAACAUGGUCUUGACGAGUGUAUCCCUCACGCGAAACAUGUCGAGGAUCCAGACGAUGAGCCUCAUUAG